CUUUUCCAGAGAUCUUCUCUCCUCCAGAAAUAAAAGUGACCCCGUCCGGGGUAAUAGAAGGAGAUGAGAUGACGGUGAGAUGUGACACCAGACUGGAUCCACUCAGAGGCGGCACAGAGCUGCACUUUGCCUUCUACAGAGAUGGACGGACUGUGCGGGGAUUCGGAAUAUCCAAUACAUACAGAGUGCCGUCAUCUCAGCUGGAGGAUUCUGGGAAUUAUACCUGUGAAGUGAGGACGACGUCUGACACUGUGAGGAAGAUGAGUGAUGGGCUCCAUAUCCAGAUACAUGAGCUCUUCUCUCCUCCGGAAAUAAAAGUGACCCCGUCCAGGGUAAUAGUAGGAGAUGAGAUGACGGUGAGAUGUGACACCAGACGGGAUCCGCUCAGAGGCGGCACGGAGCUGCACUUUGCCUUCUACAGAGAUGGAGGGACUGUGCAGGGAUUCGGUAUAUCCAAUACAUACAGAGUGCUGUCAUCUCAGCUGGAGGAUUCUGGGAAUUAUACCUGUGAAGUGAGGACGACGUCUGACACUGUGAGGAAGAUGAGUGAUGGGAUCCAUAUCCAGAUACAUGAGCUCUUCUCUCCUCCACAAAUUAAGGGGCCCUCAUACAUCGUAACAGAACUAGAUGAGAUGACGGUGAGAUGUGACACCAGACUGGAUCCACUAAGAGGCGGCACAGAGCUGCACUUUGCCUUUUACAGAGAUGGAGGGACUGUGCGGGAAUUCGUUAUAUCCAAUACAUACAGAGUGCCAUCAUCUCAGCUGGAGGAUUCUGGGAAUUAUACCUGUGAAGUGAGGACGACGUCUGACACUGUGAGGAAGAUGAGUGAUGGGCUCCGUAUCCAGAUACAAGAGCUCUCAGAAUGUGAGGAAGAUGAGUGAUGAGUUCAGAUAAUGCAGAUACAGG